AUGGCAGAGCUGUGCCGCAUGGAUUCCACACUGACCGCUCUGGAUGAGGAGAUGCUCUGGGAUAUGCUGGAGAGUCACAGAUGCAGGAUUGUGCAGAGCAUCUGCCCCAGCCGGCUCACCCCGUACCUGCGCCAGGCCAAGGUGCUGGGCCAGCUGGACGAGGAGGAGGUCCUCCACAGCUCCCGGUUCACCAACAGUGCCAUGAGAGUUGGGCACUUGCUGGAUCUGCUGAAGGCCCGAGGGAAGAACGGAGCCAUUGCCUUCCUAGAAAGCCUGAAGUUCCACAACCCUGAUGUCUACACCCUGGUCACUGGGCUGCAGUCUGACAUUGACUUCAGCACCUUCAGCGGUCUCAUGGAGACAUCCAAGCUGACCGAGUGUCUCGCUGGAGCCAUCAGCAGCCUGCAGGAGGAGCUGGCUCAGGAGAAGGCACAGAAGGAGCUUCUGCUGCGGAGAUGCCAACAGCUGAAGGAGCGCCUGGGCUUGGCUGAGGCCCACGCAGAGGGUCUGCGCCAGCUGGAGGCCGACCACAGCCGCAUGAAACGUGAGGUCAGCACGCAUUUCCAUGAGGUCCUGAAGCUGAAGGACGAGAUGCUGAACCUGUCACUGCACUACAACAACGCUCUCCGAGAGAAGGAGCUGGCUGCCUCGCGCUGCCACAGCCUGCAGGAGGAGCUCUACCUGGUGAAGCAGCAGCUCCAGCGGGCAAGCCUUGUAUCUUCAUGUGAAAGAGAAUCUCGAGAGAGGUCCCUGAAGAUGGCCAGCGACCUGGAGCCUGAGGGAGAGGAACUAAAUCAGCUUAAGGAGGAGAAUGAGAAACUCUGUUCGAUGACCUUCAGCCUGGUGGAGAAGGACAUUCUGGAACAGAGCCUGGAUGAGGCCCGGGAGAGCAAGCAGGAACUGGUAGACCGCAUCCACUCACUGCGGGAGAGAGCAGUGGCUGCAGAGAGGCAGCAGAAGCAGUACUGGGAGGAGAAGGAACAGACACUGCUCCAGUUCCGGAAGACCCAGGUGGACUGUGAACUAUACAGAGAAAAGAUGACCAUGCUUCAGGGCCAGGUGGCUGAGCUGCAGAAGGAACGUGACCAGGCAUACUCAGCAAGGGACAGGGCCCAGAUGGAAAUUUCUCAGCGCCUGGUGGAGAAGGAUGCCCUUCGCAGGAGAGUGUUUGAGCUGACGGAACAGGCCUGCGAGCUGCGCACUCAGCUGCGCAGACUGCAGACCGAGGCCCCAGGAGGACCCAAGCAGGAAACCGGAGCCAGGGAACUCUGCCUCCGGGGGAAGCAGCGUCUUGUGCGGAUGCACGCAGUGUGCCCACCAGAUGACAGUGACUGCAGCUUCCUCAGCUCCACCGAGUCCCGGCUGUGGUGGGACCUGAAUUCCACAUCCAGCCGGGAGCAGAUGGACAGCUUCCGCUCCAGCAGCCCUAUGCCUCCCAGCCAGCAGUCCCUGUACAAGCGGAUGGCAGAGGACUUCCUGGAAGACCCCGAGUCUCUAAGCUUCCCAGAAGUCCUUGAGGUGCGCCUCCAAGGGGCUGUGGUGGACGACACAGACACAGACCUGGAGUUUGAGGUGUUAGACGGAGCGGAGCUCUCUCAGACAGAGGACAGCCUGCAGGGGUCUUCCCGGAGCCUGAAUGUCUCAGAAAGCAGUGGCCCUGUGAGACGGAGGCCAGCCCGCAAGAUCCUAAGCCAGGUCACAGUGCUGGCGUUCCAAGGGGACGCAUUGCUGGAGCAGAUCGGUGUCAUCGGCGGGAACCUCACUGGGAUCUUCAUUCACCGUGUCACCCCCGGCUCUGCAGCAGAUGAGAUGGCCCUGCGUCCUGGUACCCAGAUCUUGACGGUGGACUAUAAGCCUACCAAGCCAUCAUUAAGGGCCACUCUGGAGAACACAACGCUGGAGCAGGCCGUGGGCCUUCUCAGGAGGGUGAAUGGCUCUUGCUACCUGUCUGUGAAGAUCAACACUGAAGGUUAUAAGAACCUCAUCCAGGACCUAGAUGCCAAAGUAGUAACGUCUGGGGAUUCAUUCUACAUCCGUGUCAACCUGGCCAUGCAGAGGAGAGGGGAAGGAGAGCUGCAUACUCACUGCAACGAUAUCCUGCAUGUCACGGACACCAUGUUCCAAGGCCGCAGCUGCUGGCACGCCCAUCGUGUGAACCCAUACACCAUGAAAGACAUGGAGCCCGGCACCAUCCCUAACUAUUCACAGGCUCAGCAACAGCUCCUGGCCCUCAUCCAGGACAUGACUCAACGGCGCUCAGUCCCCCGCAAGCCUCCUGGAAGGCCACAGAAGUUAGUACGGAUUGUCAGUGUGGACAAAGCCACUGUCAGUCCUCUGAUUUCAUCUUUUGACCAAAACCAGUGGGAUUCUGGCAGGGAGGAAGAUGGUCCCAGUGUGUGCUUCUGGGCAGAAAGCUGCUUCACCCUGGCACCGUACACCCUGGUGCACCCCCACAGGCCUGUCCGGCCCCGGCCUGUGCUUUUUGUGCCCAGAGUAGUCGGGAAGAUCCUGGGCAAAAAGCUGUGUCUCCUCCAUGGUUUUAAGCAGUGUUCAGCAGAGUACUUGAGCCAGGAGGAGUAUGCCACCUGGAGUCAGAGAGGAGACAUCAUCCAGGAGGGAGAGUCAAUAGGUGAUCACCACUGGAUCACCCGGCAUGCCGUGGAGUCCCUCAUGAAUACGAGCACCCAUGCCCUGCUGGAUGUCCGGCUGGACAGCGUCCGAGUCCUACACAGGAUGGACAUGUUUCCCAUCAUCAUCCAUGUCUCUGUCAAUGAGAAGACGGCAAAGAAACUCAGGAAGGGCCUGCAGCGGUUUGGCAGCUCAGAGGAGCAGUUCCUGGAGGUGGCCCAGCAGGAGGAAGGGGAACUGGACAGAGUGCCGUGUCUGUACAGCAGCCUGGCCCCCGACAGCUGGAGUGACCUGGACAGCCUGCUCAGCUGUGUGCGCCUGGCCAUUGCAGAUGAGCAGAAGAAGGUGGUGUGGACAGAGAGCCCCUGCUGAAGCCCAGACCUGGAUUGAGACUGU